UUCUCCCCUGCUGUAAACCCUCCAAUCCCACCCCUCUUUUCAACUUCUUUUAGAGCUAAAACUUGUCUAAUUUAGAUCAUUUGUUCUCCUUUACAACUCUUGAUCAAAACUGUAAACUACUUUGAUCAUUGUAAAGCACCAAGUUGUAGUCGAUCAGAAACAUGCAUAUUUUACAGCAGAGUGAGUACAAGGAGAUAAACAGAAGAUGCGUGGAGUGUAAUACAACCAGAACACCUCUUUGGAGAGGUGGUCCAGCUGGCCCUAGGUCACUUUGCAAUGCAUGUGGAAUCAGGUACAGAAAGAAAAGCCUUGGCCUUCUCUGUUUAAACAGAGAUGGUAGAACUGGAAAGAGCAAAAGUAAAAGAGGAAUCAAUGUGAGCCGAAGCGGCAUCGAGACCUUUGCAAGAGUGCAUCGUUUGGGAAAUGGGGAACUGAAGAGCAAACUGAGAGAGGAAGAACAAGCUGCUUUUCUUUUGAUGGCUUUAUCUAACAGUUAUGAUUAGUAGCAAUUC